AUGGUUUUGUUGAAGAGGAUUUCUGAUGAUAUGGAAGAGAUUGAAAACAAGAAGAUUGGCCUCCGUCGAGGUCUUUUAACGUUGAUGUUAGAGUGGAAAUGUUUCGAACAACACUUGGAUUUAACUGGAACAAGGUUGAAAGAAUGCUUCAAUGAACUCGAAUCCAGAGAGAAGCAUCUGUGUUCUAUUCAAGAAUCAAUAGGUGAAAGCUUAAAGGAACUUGAGUUAGUUAGAGAAUCACUUAACGCGAAAUGUGUUGAAGUUGAGGAUAAAGAAAGACAGAUUUCAGAAUAUAUUGAUGACUUGAAAAUGAGAGAGGAGAAAGAGAUGUCGAUUCGUGGUAUGCUUGAGGUAUUUGAGAAUGUGAUCGAAGGAAGGCUUAAGGAGAUUGAUAUGAAAGAGAACAAAUUUUACGAGCUAGCUAAUGAGCUCGAUUCCAAGGAAGAAAGAUUGAAGACACGAGAGAAUGAAAUGAAGGCGCGAGAGGAAGAACUUGAUUCUGCUAUGUUGUUCAAUAAAAUGCAGCUGGAUUCUACGAGUCAGUUGAGUACACGAGGAUGUGAUUCGAGGAAAAUAAGCUGGAAAAGAGAGAGGACAAUGUUGGUGGAGUUUAACAACCCAUUCAAAAGGCCAAAGGCAGGAAAAUCUUCGGAAUAUAGCAUGGCUGUUGAUACAAGCAAUGCUGAAUUGGCGAUAAUUUGUUCUGAUAUGAUUGUUCGUGAUGACUCUGAACCAGAAUCGGAGACAGAUCAUAAAGGUAUCACACAAGUAUGUGACUGUCCUCGUGCUAAAUUUCACGACUUUGAUAAGGGGAAAAACAUAGAAGAUUUUGACGUUGAUCAAAUUUGGGCGUGUUAUGAUGAUUUAGAUGGUAUGCCUAGACUCUACGCGCGAGUUGAAAAGGUUUUUACUCCCAAAUUUAAGUUACAAAUGGUCUGGUUAGAGGCUAAUGCAGAAGAAGAUCAUGAGUUACAGGGUAGUUGUGGUACAUUUAGACUCGGAAGCUCUCUAGACGUCUCAGAACACCUUAUAUUCUCUCAUCAAGUGCAAUGUGAUAGAGACGAGCAUGGUUAUUAUCUGAUAUAUCCUACGAAAGGUGAGACUUGGGCUAUUUGGAGCUCUGAACUACUAGAAAACCAUCAACGACAGCUUAAGUAUGAGAUCGUAGAGGUACUUUCUGAUUUCGUUGAUGAUGUUGGUAUAAGUGUUAGUUAUCUGUAUAAAGUCAGUGGAUUCAUCAGCAUUUUUGAAAGGAGACGUCGUGGAAAUGACUCAUUUGUGAUACCAGCAAAUGAAUUACACAGAUUUUCUCAUAAAGUUCCCUCCUUUAAGUUGACAGAAACGAUAAACGAGUCUUUUGAACUUGAUCCUGCUUCACUACCUGAUUUGUCAGAUAAUGCAAGGUACAACGACAAGUUUAAGGUCGGAAAUGACGUCUCUAGCUUCAAAAUGGAUCAACCUGAAGAGUCUUAGGCAGGAGAUUUCCUUUUAU